GGCAUGAUUGGCAAGUAUAGCAUUACAGACAACUUAAUCGCCUCUAGACUCACGGCUUGGUAAGAUGGAGGCACGAUUCAUACCCAACGACUUCCCGUCACUGUUCGCACUUGACGAUCCAGAGCAGCUCCUGAAGCAAGCUCUUCAAGACAUCAUCACCGAUCUGCCGCCAAGAGAGGACUACUUCGGGGUCAAGGUCUCCGGUUUCUGGUCAGGUCCUACGGGGCUCGCGUAUCUCUUCCUGCAAGCUUCAGUGCGGCAACCUGAUCUCAAAAUCGAUGGCAACGACUGCUUAUCCUGGGCAAAGAGGUACCUAGAGGGCACAAGAGGCGAACUGGAACUUACUGCGGACCGUUGCGGGAUUGGCAGCGAGAAGCUUGCAUACGAGGCCGUCCGAGCUUGCGUCAGCAAGGACCUGGACCAAGUCAAGGUGUUCACGUCCAGCAUUCCGGAGAUCGUGGCGGGGAAGGAGUACCCGAACGAGAUCCUACACGGCCGGGCGGGGACCUUGUACCUGCUGAGGCUGCUCCGGCAUUGGGUGCCCGGAAGCGCCGAGCUGGUCGAGGAGUCGAUCCAGGCCGUGUCAGAGGCAAUUCUUAGCGACGGGCCAGAAUGGACGUGGCAUGGCAAGCCUUAUCUGGGGGCUGUCCACGGGGAUAUCAGUAUUGUCACACAGCUCGUUCUGACGACGCCAUCGCUUGCUGGGCGAGUAGAGGAGAAGCUGGUCGGGCUACUUGACCUGCAGGUUCCCAGUGGGAACUGGCCUAUCUUGGCCGGGAGACUAGACCAUCUGCUCGUCCAGUUUUGCCACGGUGCGCCGGGUUUUGUGCAUUCGUUGUUGGCACUCAGACCACACUUUCCAGGUCUUCGUGCAAAGAUAGAUAUGGCCAUAGAGAAGGGUCAGCAGUGUGUCUGGGAGGAGGGACUCCUUGUCAAGCAGCCCUCGAUAUGCCAUGGGAUAUUUGGUAAUGCUCUUGCCUUGCCUCGUGGUCCUAAGAGGGACCAUUUUCUAGCCGUCGCGACACCUACAAAGAUGUCAGAGCUCAAGCAGAAGGAAAAACGGCUUUUUGAGCCUGCGGACUAUGGCACGAAAUACGCGAUUCUAACUGGAUACCUUCCUGGUGCCUCGUGGGCCUGGCUAGUCUCCUCAGACGAGUCCCCAGGACUGAUAUACUACACGGAUGUCUGAUGACACCGGGCGCAUGCUCCUUCACUGAC